AUGAGAGUUUUUUGGCCAAGCAGUGGGAUCCAGACAAAUGAGGGACUCGUUGUAGGGUGGAGGAUUGAGAAUACUCUAUGUGUGGUGGACAUUGUGGAUAGUUGGAUCAAUGGGCACCAAGAUCUACACAAGGCGACAUUGGCAGCAGGAACCCAUUGCCCUCUCAGCUUGCUGGGGCAUGCUCAGCCUGCUCACGCGACAAAGACAGGUUCAGGAGAAGGUAUCACGUUCUGGCUGAACAAGGGUAAAAUACCUAUCUCAUUCUCAGAACCGAUUCAAGUGGUAGUUUACACCCCACCUGAUCCGACUCGUCUGCGUUUUCUUCGGACCUUGACACCCUUCACAGGGAUUAAGAGCCAGGCAAUGGCAGGUCAAGAUGGAUACGGCGUAAGCCGGACAUCCUCUACAGUAAGAGAAGAUAUCGACGAGGUCAUAAGCCUCAUCAACGUAUCGAAGGUCGCUCAAAGGGUAUUAUCCAGUAUGGCUACCUCGGAAUCUAGGGGAAACCCAUUCAACAGUAAUCAGCUGAACUGGUCACCAAGUGUCUUUCAUCUCGUUGCGAUACUAUUUCUCCCACUAAGAAUCUGCGCACAGACCUUGUACCUCAUGCUCAACUAUCACACAUCGAUUGGAUCACUCCGAUCUUCCAGCUCUACCAUCGAUCAAGUUGCUUUGCGCCUUUCACAAGGCUUACAAGGACCCGAACGGUUUAUGAGUACCCGACAAGUUGGUCUAGGCAUUGAAAUUAGAUCGGAGAGAUACAUCCAAUUUUGGAAUACGGUAUGGCUAGUCUUUAACGAUGUGAUAUUGGGCUAUUCGGCAAGACAGGUUAUACUCUUAUAUUCACCUUUUGUUCAGCACUUGAUCAUUUCAUCUAUCAAAAAAUAUCUCGUUGAACCGCCUAUCAUCGCUUUAAAAUGGCUGAAUGACUGGCCAGUAGGACUGAAAUUGAACACUCCCCUGAGUCAGUUCUUCUGUACAGGGUUGGGUUUGGUCAUGCAGCAAUGGGGAGAUAUAAUGAUACCGCACCUGGAUACUCUCCUACCCUUGAUCAUCCGGCUUUUCGCCCUUUCUUCCCUUGGUGGUCUGACUCUCACUCUAUCCUUACUCAAAGAUACGAUCACCAUCCUCACAUCGCACUUGUAUCUCUGUCAUAUAUUGAUGAGAUACAUCUUCAAUUGGCAAUUAGAGUCGUUGAGCGGUUUAUGGAACCUUUUCCGAGGUAAAAGGUGGAAUGUUCUUCGACAAAGAACGGAUUCGUACGAAUAUGAUGUAGAUCAGCUGUUCUUGGGUACUUUGCUUUUUACCGUAUCAGCUUUCCUGUUUCCUACGGUUUUGACGUACUACGGCUUGUUCGCUUUGUUCCGAGCUACUACCGUUAGCUCGCAGAUGGUACUCACAUGGGCUGUCGCCGCUUUGAACGCGUUUCCGCUGUUUGAAUUGAUGUUGAGGAUCAAGGAGCCUUCGAGAUUACCUGCCGGUGUUCACAUUAAGCUCAAGCCUGUGAGUGGUGAGGGUAUUGGAGAAAACAGCGACGGAAGACUAGCGAUAACUCAUGUACUGGAACUCAAGAAUUCGCCCAAAACCUUAUCAGACAUCCUGUUUCCAUCAUCCACUCAAUCAUAG